AUGGGGCUCUGGGCGUCCAUGUUGCGAUGGAAGGCCAACCGGCGGCGGCAGCAGCCCGAGCCAAGGCGCGGCACGCCGAUGGCGCUCUUCGUCGUCAGGAACGACGACGGCCGGCCGUCCAAGCCCGAGGCGGUCGUGUUCCACCCACCACACAGCUCUGGCCGUUCGGGGUUACAGUUACAGAAGGCCGGCAGCAGGAAGCCUGAGAAGCGCGGGUACGAGUACUACGACUGCAUGGACGUGCUGGGCAGGAGGCUCCGCGCGCCGCCCGCCGCCCAGGCUCCCGUGCGGGAGCACCAGAAGCGUCGCGGUGGAGCCGGUGGUAACGGCCGGGAUAAGGCCGACGGUGUCCAGGGGCGGCACGGCGGACGGGAAGAAGGCAGUGGCAGCGGCAGCAGAGGGGUGCAGGACGCCGAUGACGCCGAGGAGGACGCCGAUGUGGCAGCGGAGGAUACUGAUGGGGACGCGGUGCGAGCUUCCACGGUUCAGCGGUGUCAUACUAUACGACGAGCACGGCCGGCCCCUGCAGAGCAGCUCCCAGAACAGAACAGACCACCUGAUGAGCAGAGUAAGCAAAUACGAGUCCAAGGUGAUGGAUACAUGGCAGAUAUUACUUUGAAAACUCAGAGUUGA